CUGUCUUUGGAAAAGGGCGUAAAACCCUACCUAAACUCGACUAAACUCAACAAAAACCCUCUCCCGUUGUGCCGCUCUGCAUCAACCUUGAGAGGUACAAAAAUGGUUCGCAGCAUCAAAAGCGCGAAGAAAAUCAAGAGAAAGAGCAAGGUCUCGGGCUUAGGAGAUGGAUCUUCGUCUUCGAUACCGUCGAUGGCGGCGAAGGUGUGGCAACCAGGUGUGGAUAAAUUGGAGGAAGGCGAGGAGCUUGAGUGCGACCCCUCGACCUAUAAUUCCCUUCACGCCUUCCAUAUUGGCUGGCCCUGUCUUAGCUUCGAUAUUGUACGUGAUAAACUGGGGUUGGUCCGAACAGAGUUCCCACAAACAAUGUAUUUCGUUGCGGGUACUCAGGCAGAGAAAGCUUCCUGGAACUCUAUUGGAAUAUUUAAAAUGUCCAACAUCACAGGGAAAAGACGUGACCUAGUGCCUUCCGAACCUGCAGCCGGUAACUCUGAUAUGGAGAGUGACAAUAGUGAUAGUGAUGAGGAGGAUGAGGAUGAGGAGCUUGGUGGAUCUGGGAGUCCAAGUUUGCAGUUGCGCAAGGUAGCUCAUGAAGGAUGUGUAAACCGUAUACGUGCUAUGGCACAAAAUCCCCAUAUAUGCGCAUCUUGGGCAGAUAAUGGUUAUGUUCAGGUAUGGGACUUCAGCUCUCAUCUGAAUGCUUUAGCAGAAUCAGAAACACAAGGUGCUCAGGGGGCUUUGUCAGUUUUCAAUCAGGCCCCAUUAGUUAAGUUUAAGCACAAAGAUGAAGGCUAUGCUAUAGACUGGAACCCUAUUGUUCCUGGAAGGCUUGUAUCUGGGGACUGCAAGAAUUGUAUUUAUCUGUGGGAGCCUACAUCUGAUGAGGCAUGGAAUGUUGAUACCAAUCCAUUUGUUGGUCAUACUGCGAGUGUCGAAGAUCUACAGUGGAGCCCUACAGAACCUCAUGUGUUUGCCUCUUGUUCUGUGGAUGGGACUAUUGCAAUAUGGGAUGCACGUUUAGGGAAGUCAGCAGCAGCAUCUUUCAAGGCUCAUAAUGCAGAUGUGAAUGUUAUAUCUUGGAACAGGCUGGCUAGCUGUAUGUUGGCAUCUGGAAGUGAUGACGGGACAUUUUCCAUUCGUGAUCUCAGAUUGCUCAAGGAAGGAGAUUCUGUAGUGGCACAUUUUGAAUACCAUAAACACCCUAUAACAUCCAUUGAGUGGAGUCCACAUGAAGCCUCUACUUUGGCUGUUUCAUCAUCAGACAAUCAGCUAACAAUAUGGGACCUUUCCUUAGAAAAGGAUGACGAAGAGGAGGCAGAGUUCAGAGCUAAAACAAAAGAGCAAGUAAAUGCCCCUGAAGAUCUACCUCCACAGCUUCUGUUUAUUCAUCAGGGUCAGAAAGACUUGAAAGAAAUACAUUGGCAUUCACAGAUUCCAGGAAUGAUCGUAUCUACUGCAGCAGAUGGUUUUAACAUCCUGAUGCCUUCAAACAUACAAACUACGCUCCCCUCGGAUGGUGCUUGAAACUCGCAUAUGAUCUGUUGCUAGCUUCCUGCGCCAAAUUGCAAUAUAUAUAUUUUAUAGCAUCAGUGGGAUGGCAUGCAGCAGCUGUAUGUUUGCAUGUGGCGUUGACCUGAUGCAUACAUCUUGAAUCAAGUGUAAUCUGUCGUUUUUUUUUUUUUUUUUUUUGGUUCUUUUGAGUAUCUUGGCCCUUGCCCCCAACCCUGUUUUGUGUUAAGUUUUGC